AGGUCUACUUAAUGUAAAUCUAGCCUUUAAAACCCAUAGUUCUUUGUUUUGAUGGUUAGGUGUUAGGUCUAAAAUACUAGCUCUAGAAACUAUAUUGUAAUAUUGUGUACAUGGGAUGAUUGGUCCUUUUUAUAAGAUCUCUAACAAACUUGGGGGGCGUGAUGGCUGAGUGGUCAAACGCUUGGCUUCCGAACCUGGGUUUGAAUCUUGGUGAAGACUGGGAUUUUGAAUUUCAGGAUUUUUAGGGCGCCUCUGAGUCCACCCAAUUCUAAUGAAUACCUGACUUUAGUUGGGGAAAAGUCAAUUUUAGGUGGUUGGUCAUUGUGCUGUCCACAUGACACCCCGCUCAUUGACCGUAGGCCAAAGAAACAGAUGACCUUAACAUCAUCUGCCCUAUAGAUCGCAAAUCUUGGUUGAUUUCAUCUGCAAGAGCUUUAGCUUUUGUCAAAGUCUACUGAUAUACAUUUUUGUUUGUUUAAAUUGCAUUUUGUGUAAUGCAUCUUUCAUGCUUAUAGUAUAGCUUGCUCAGUGCGCUUUGGUGCAAUCUCUUUAUUACUGGGUAUCCGGUAGGAGGUUACAAUGAUACCUUUAGGCUCUUUAGGGCAAUGUCUUAAGCCUCUACCCACCCUGUGUCCACCUCUCUGAGGUCCUCCUUAAAAUUGUGGUGCCAAGUUAUAUGAGGACGUCCCUGUUUGCACUUUCCUUGUUUUGGCCUCCAUGUCAUCGCAACUCUUGGUAUGCACUAUUCAUUUUCUAAGAACAUGUGCCACAAAUGUCAUGUGGCGCUCAGUCACAACAGCACUAAGUGUUCCCAGUUCAGCAGUUAGGGUUUCAUUGUUUGAGACCCAAUCUCUUUAACUGACUCCUAAAAUCUGUCUUAGCCAUUUUUGUUCAGCCACAUUUAAUCUUUUCUCGAUUUGCUUCCAGGAGCUCUAAAAAUUUGAAUGCUAAAUGUCAAUGUGGCUAUCACACUUAUCCAUCUCAGACUGCCUUUUGUGGUGAGGAAUGCACUACUGGAUUGGAAGAUGAGGUCACUAGUGAAGUUACCUUCUGACACGAACCAGUAACUCUUAUAUGCAAACGGAAAAACUUCAUAACAGAACUAAGCUUUCCAAAAACCAUGUGUGACUCAACGCAUAGCCAAGAAAAUCUUUCUGCUGAAAAGAUAGGUGAUCCUAUUGAUGCCAAAUCUUUCCCAUGUCACAUAUGCAGUGAACUAUUCCAGGAUUUAGCUUACUUUCAGAAGCACAUCCUGAAUCACCAUGAGGAUAACGCUUUUCUAUAUCCUCCAACUCAUGAAGAAUUGCAACAGUUUUCUUUCUUAAAAGAGCACAACCUAUUAUACAGCCUAGAAAAACAUUACAUAUGUCUCGUGUGUGGAAAGGUGUUUGUUAAGAAAUCUCAUUUACGUCGGCACAAUGCCAUUCACACUGGAGAGAAACCGUACAUUUGCCUUGUUUGUGGGCUAGGAUUUAGUCAGAGGUCUUAUCUCAGGCGUCACAGCCGUACCCAUAGUGAGGAGAGACCGUUUCAGUGCCAGAUUUGUUGCAAAGGUUUUAAGAGAAAGGAUGACAUGCAGCGCCACCUUGUUGUUCAUGGUAAAAAUAAACCCAUCAUAAUGUUUGACAACAAUGAAGAGGUUCAAAGCCAGACUGAAAAUCAGGCCCUGCCCAUUCCAAGUAACUCAAACAUUUUAAAAUGUUUAUUAUGUAAUUCCAUUUUUGAUCGUCUGGAUUUGUUGCAAAAGCACAUCGCCACACACUCAAAGUCAAAACAACGGUCACUUUCUUGUCAAAUAUGUCAUAAAACUUUCCCAAGGAUGUACUACCUAAUCCGGCACAACUUUACUCAUGCUGCGGAAAAACCGUUCAAGUGUGAUUUGUGCAGCAAAGCUUUCCACCGACGAGACAAGCUCCAGCGCCACCACUUGGUUCAUGUUCAGAAGACAGAGGUUGAUUGUGGCAUUAGCAGCAAUGAAUUCAAGAACAUUUUAUACUUGAGAAAUCAAUUUGUUCAAGUCCGUAUAUCUUCCCACAAAUUUAAUUGUGUUCAUUGCAAUAGAUCAUUCACGCGCUUGUCCACCUUGAGAAAUCAUAUUUUAACUUAUGUCCGAGAUAAGAAGUUUCAAUGUUUGAUGUGUAACAAAACAUUCUUUGAGCUUAGGCGUUUGAAAGACCAUAUCAAAAGGUUUCAUUAUGUGGAGAAGAAGUUUAAAUGCAUCUAUUGCGAGAAAGACUUUCCCCGCUCAACACACCUGACGGAACACUUGAUGAUUCACACGGGGGAGAGGCCAUACAUCUGUGAACUUUGCGGCAAAGGCUUUAGAAAGAAUGCAUCUCUCAAGCGGCACAUCAAAAUACAUUCAGGAGAAAAGCAUUUUGAAUGCCCCAAAUGUAACAAAAGAUUUGUUCAUAAGUCGCAGCUGAAUCUGCACAGCGUUGUUCACACCACAGAGAAGCUGUUCAAGUGUGAACAGUGUGAUAAAGCUUUCCGAAGAAACUACAAUCUGCGUAAACAUCUCGUUGUCCACAGUAAGAACAAACCCUUCAUUUGUGAAUUUUGCAGUUUAGGAUUCAGGCGCAAGUCAAACUUGAUGGAGCAUGUACGGACUCACACCGGGGAGAAGCCGUUCAUGUGUCACAUAUGUGGUAAAAAGUUUAGCAAGCACUCCUCUUUGAAAAGUCAUAACCUGUUUCACACUGGAGAGAAAGCAUUUGCAUGUCAUCUUUGUGGCAAUAGCUAUAAAAGGAAAGCGACACUGCAGGAACAUCUACAGGCUCAUGUUGGAAAGAAACCAUACACUUGCCAUGUCUGUGAUGAAGGAUUUAGACGGAAGCCAUUGCUGCUGGAACAUCUAGCCACUCAUAAUGACAAGUCUAAUUCUUCUAGUUUUAAAAAUAAAUUUUCGAAACUCAUAGGAAACACAUUACUAAAGAAAGUGGAGUUUUAAAAAAAAACGAAUAUUACAUUUUGUCAUAUUUUAAAUCUGUGUUGUCCUUUUAAAGACUUUUUAGUUAUUAUAAGGUCAGCUGCUUUAUCUAAUGAGGUUUUUUUUAACCUGAAGUAAUGAAAAGAGAGAUAUCCAUUGAGGACAAAAGCCCAGGAACUCAGUUACUUGUUCCCCUGGUCAUACUUUAAAACUCCUGACACUUAUUGCUUUCUUUAUAAAAAAUUGUUUUGCUUCUGUGAAAGAAUGGACUUAAAAUAGGUAUCUUCUGUAAAAGUAUUGACUCAAGCAUGUAUUGCUUAUUAAAUGUAAAAAUAUUGACUUUAAGUAUGUCUGCCUCACAGUAUCAUUGGUGUUGCACAUACAAGCAACACUGCUGAGUGUUUGCCGCCUUCCAAUCUUUUAUUUUUAUGUCAUGACAAAUGUAUAACUAGAAAAGAGUUAGGUUCCCCUUUCAGACCUUGUGAUCUAUCAGGCGGAUAAUGUUCAGGUCAUCUUUUUUUGGCAGGUUGUUAACAAGCAGGGUGUCAUGUAGCCAGCACAAUGACUAACCACCUUUAUUUUCCCCAACUAAAGUCAUGCACCCAUACGAUUUGGGUUGAUUCGGGCAGCCUGAAAAUCCUGAUAUUCAAAAUCCCAAUCUUAACCGAGAUUCAAACCCAGGACCCCAGGUUUGGAAGCCAAGCACUUAACCACCCACCCACCGCACCCCCAACUGUAUUACUAGAUAGUGUUUACAAGCCUUGAUAUAUAAGAUUACAUACAUACUGGCUGGAAUAGAAUUCCCUUGGAUGUAGUUAUCUUCUUUCUUCAACGCCUGUAAUUUCUAAAAUAAAAAGCUAAGAUAAUUAUAAAGAUAGGUGCUGGCAUUUCUAAAAAGAAAUAUCACCUGUACUAUAUUAUACUAUGUAUACUAGUAGCAGUUAAUAAUAACAGACAUUUUAUUUGAUAGAUUAUCUUGAACUUAAUAAACUUGAAUAUAAUUGUGAUGCGUUUAAAAUUUUCAAAAAUAAAUCCUGUUUUUUUUUCUUCUAUCAUUUCAAAGAGUGGAGUAUAUAUAUUUAUUUUGUAAUACCUCUAGGCUAAAAGCACCUAUCGUAAAGUUUGCUCCAUGGCAACUAUUUGUCACCCAGCUAGUACGCUUUUAAAGUCACUUGUAACAUUUAAAAUUCACUCUUGAAAUUCCAAAUUUAAAACUAAUUUAAUCGUUCUUUGAAAAAAAAAAAAACUCAUAUAUGAUAUUUGAUGACUUUACAUGUGGAAUAAUUAACUUGUUAUUCAUUUACAUAUUUGUAAUAUUUGUGUAAAAGAUUAUAACUGGACUAGUAACAUAAGGUAACAGCUCUUGUACUUACCUUUUUCUAACUUCUACAGAAAAAGAAGCAACUGAUUGUCCAUGUAUUAAUUUGACACUAUAUAAUGAUGAAUCUGAUUUUACAUUUCUUAAUGUAGACACUUUACAUAAUACAUUUAAUGUUGAUACAUGUAUUUAUUAAAUCUUAUUAUAAUGUAUAUAAUGAUAUGAUUAUGAGUAUUGAGCCUGUAUUAAUAUUGACUAUAUUAUUUUAAAUGAUAUAUAUAAUGUUUCUUGUAAUGAUGCGUACACUAUUGUUAUAAUUUAUAUCUCUAUUGCUUCCAUGUUACUUGUAUAUGUUGUUAUUUUUGCUGUGUCUUCCUCUCCAUUUUGUUUUGGGGAUAACACAUUUAGGGAAAAAAAAAUAUUGUGAGAAUUUGAACUUAGAUAAGUCACACUGACGCAUUUCUUCGCCUUUACCUCUGUCUAGCGAGGACCUAUUUGAACAUGGAAUGUUUGACCACAAACUUGGCAUGCUAUUGCAGCUGGCUCCUGGAGGGAUAGCUGUUAAUUUCUAUUUUGCCAAUUUUCGAUAUGCUGGAAGGCUGCCUGUUUAUGUGGCAUGCACUCCGGACUGUUAUCUCAAUGGUCUUAGGUUCGAACCCCUGCCCGCCGCCAUCCCAUGCUGUCCUGCAUGAGUUUUGGGGUUAGGGUGUAAUAACCCUUAAUUCUGAAGGAACAGCCAAAAUUGUAAAACUUAUUAUAAUUUGAUGAAAUUAUUGCAGGCGGAACUGAAAGUCUAGUUUUUUUUUUCUGUUUUUUUUUAAGAAAAGGCUUGGUCCACAUAAUCCUUCAGAGUGCUUUGACCCUGAUACUUGUGCAUCAUAUUUCCAGUGUGCUACUGAUUCAUUAAAUUUAAAAAAAAAAAUGAAGUUUAUUCUAUAACCAUAUUGCAUAAUCUUUUGUAAAUUAUAUUUAAGUAUUGUCUAUUUCUAUGUAUUGUUUUAUUAACAAUUAUAUUUAUAGAUUUGAUUUGAACCGCAACAUGUUAAUUUUAUGUGAUUUUCCUUUUUUUUCUUCUUAAAAAUAAAUUUAGAACGUAAAAAAAAUUGUUUGUCUCUAGAUCUAGUUAUCAAACUCAUUUUUGUUGAUUUCUUUUUCUUCAAAGUGUUAAAACGUAGAAAUGAAGCAACCAGGUCAUUCAGAUCCAUUUAAGUGCCUUGUAUCGGACCAGUUGUCAGAAAUCUUGUAUAUCCAUUUCUUACUUAAACUCAAGAUUUGUUAUUAGGUCUGAUUACUUUAACUCAGUAUUUGUUACAUGGUCUGAUUACUUCAACUCAGUAUUUGUUACAUGGUCUGACGCCUCAUUCAGACUCUGCGAUGUAAAGGUGAUCUGUUUCUUUGGCUGAUGGUAAAUAAGAGCAUCAUGUGGCCAGCACAAUGAUCAACUGCCUUUACUUUCCCCAACUAUUGUCAAGGACCGGUAUUUCGGAGUCCUGAAAAUCCACAAUUCAUUAGGAUUUGACCCCAAUACUGCAAGCGCUUUUCCAUACAGCUACCACGCCACCACAUAGGCCUCUCUCUCUAUAUAUAUACAUAUACACUAGUUUUAUUUUUAUUUUUUUAAGGACCUAAAAGGAGAUGGAACUCAUGUCUUACUUUAAAAGUUUUCAUCAACAUCAACUAGUUUAUGUUUUGUGUCAAUAGAGAAUGGAAGUUAAUUCUCUUCUUAAUAUAUUUCUUUGUUAACUUUGACCCAGUUGUGAGUUAACUUGUACAGGACUUAGUGGUGCCAAAUUAUUGAGCUUGAGCUAUCAGGUUUUAUAUCAUUGUCUGUAGACUCUGUUGAUUGGUCCCAAUAGUCCCACUGCAUUCCUCGUCAUACUGCAUUAGGUAAGGGCUAGGUCGUAAUUAUCUUCAAAACUGAAGGAACAUUUAAAAUAUGUUUAAAAACAAACAAAAAAAACUAUUAAGUUUACUGUUAUUGGUUUGGAACAUUGCCUCAUAAACAGCCUAAUAUCGAACCUUGAUUCU